UUUCCCUUCGUUUUUGUCUUGCGCCCGACAUGCUCCUGUCCUGGACAUAAUGAUGGACGAUUUACCAUGGGAUCAGGUACUAUCCGGAGACCUGGAGAGUCUACGUCUCGUGAUCUUCUCGAGUUCAACUGCUCGUAGAACGGUGGCUCUUCAGGAACUCCGCGAUCGAAUCGGUGCUGAAUUAUCCCCCGAACUACGCGGAUCCCUUAUUGCGAUUUUAUUCAAGACAUAUCCGCUCUAUAUCGACCGACCCUCUCGUCAUGCCGUCCAACAGUGUCUCCGCCUGCUGCUCCAGGGCCCCAUUCCGACUGACGAGCUCAAACACCUCACCCAAAGCCUACAGGCCGAAGCCGCCAAACCGGGCCUAGCGUCGACCUCGGCUUUUGUCCUACUCGAAUGGUGCUCCGUCCUGUUGCAGAUCCUCCGGGAUGACUCUGGAAUCCCGCUUGCGACUAUCCUGGACUUGAUCGUCGUGGAUGCGAAGGCGCUGGAAACCUGCCUGGGAGCCGGUCCUAAGCCCGCAUUGCGGCAAUCGGCGCUGAGGGUGACCCGGCGUGCCCUGCGGGCGGUCUUCUCGUCGAACGUUUGGGGGGAGGAUGCGAUUCGCCAGUCCGUCCAACGGUUGACCAGCGACUCGGCCACGGGGCAGAAAAACGCACCGUUCCUCGGUGUCAUCUCUGGGGUCAGCGCCCGUCUCCCGGAUAGGAAGCCCGUUCUGGAGGGGGAAAAGAAGGCCAUCAUCUCCUUCUACAUCAAGGAGCUGGUGGGGUCGAAGUCCGCGCCGCCAUCGCAUAUCGCCAAUGCCCUCACCGAUUUCUUCGAGUCGUUCGUUACUUAUGAGGAUAUCACGUCGGAAAUCAUCCCGCCCCUUGAAAAAUCGAUCUUGCGGUCCCCGGAGGUGGUCUUGAGUGGACUAGUCCCGUCGCUAUGCGCCUCGCUGCCCGAGAGUAUCGACUUGUCUGAAGUUCUGCACACUCGCCUGUUGAAGCACCUGUUGUCAAGCAUGAAGUCGAACAACCCCGCCAUCAGACAAGGCGCCAUUCAAUCGUUCGAAUCGCUUCUCGCAAAGUCCAAGGUCGAGAGCCUGCUUCUCAAAAUCACAACCGAGGUGAUUGGUCCGCUGAAGACCCAGAAGAUUACGAAUCCGGAGCAGCGGGCGAUAUAUGCUCAAGCGCUUUCCGCCAUCUCCCCGUCGGCCGACCUUUCCAAGGAGGUAGUCCAAGGGUUUGUCCCGGUGUUCGCAAAGGAAUCUAAUGAAGCCACAUUAGAGCAGGAGAUCAAAUCAUUCUGCAAGCACCUUGGAUUCCUCAUCCAGUCCAAGGUGAAGGCGAGCGAUGAUGUCGUCAGUGCCAUUGUCAAGGGUUCGGCUGAUAAACGGGUCCCAUUCCGCAAGUUGUGGCAGCUCAAUGUCGGAGAGACGCUGUGGGAUGCCGGUCCUGCCGCCUGGGGCCAGCCCGAGGUGGAGCCUCUUGUCACCAAAUUUCUUGCCAAGAUGAAGGAACUGUUCAACGAGGUCUUUGCUAACCCCCUACCAUCAGCCCAGGGAGGUUCCUUGUCGACGGCGUACGUGUAUCUGGCCCUGACAGAACGCGGAUCCGCGCUGGCGGGCUUUGAUAAGGCUGCCUGGGAGGACUUGGUUUCCCGGUCCAUGGCCCUAAACCCGAAGCCGUCUUUCCUCCUGAACCCGAAGGCUUACACAAAGUUGACCUCCCAGGUAGAGAUCCAGUGGGUUGUCAGGGCACUUGCCGCCGUAGCAGCCGGGUCGAAAUUUGGAAGUGCGGAGGAUUCCGCGAAGAUUGCUUGGGGUCAGGCGUUCAUUUAUGCUCUCACUGUCCCGGGGCUCCACACGAACUUCCGGGACGAAUCCGCGCGUACACUAUCCGAUGUGCAUAAGAGCAAUAUAGAAGACAUAAGCCAUAUCAUCGUUGAUGCUCUGUGGGCUUGGAUUCUCUCCGCCAGGACUGGAGAGAGGGAGUCGGCCCCUGUUUCUGCGGGACCGGGGUGUGAGAAAUACCUCAACUUGGUCGCGAAGGCGAUCUGCCCCCCUGCGCCUAGUCUACCGACAUCGGAGAAUGCCAUCCCCGUCUUGAAGCACCAGCUGGUUCGACUCCUUGUCCUCUGCCGGCCGGAGCUGAUCCCGAAUGCAUCCUGGAUUUCCUUGUGUCUGAGGACCGGCACGGACCCGGGCGACCUUGUCCGUGAGCUUGCCGAGGAGUGUAUGAAGCAACUGACCGGGUUACAAGAAAACUCCGUCCAGAGCAAGGUGCCCGACAUCGAUGCUGCGCUAUGGGGCGCGGCUGGCGAUUUAGCAUUUGUGGCGCCGGACACGAUGGUCCCUCGCCUUGUUUCUCAGAUCCGGGAAGACCUAGAUGCCUCGCGUCUGUCCAAUUUUUCUGCGACCGAUGUGGCCAUUGCCCGUACUCCCGAGGGGACCAUGUUCGUCGAUGUCCUUAGCACCAAGUCGAGCAAGUCUACCUUUGACAAGAACACCAAGGACUACGAUAUCCUCAAGUGGGAGGAAGAGCUGCGAGCGCAGUUGGCCCAGAAGAAGGGUCAGACGCAGAAGAAACUCAGUCCUGAAGACCAAGGCAAAGUGAAGGCCCAGCUCGCUAAAGAGUCCAAGAUCCGCGAGGAGGUCCUGCAGGAGGUUAAGCGGAUCGAACGGGGUACUGGGAUCAUCCAGGGUCUCGCCAAUGGGCCGGCGCUUGAUGCCGAUGGUUGGAUCAGCCCUGCGGUUAACUCUCUGCUGUCUCUGGUUCAGGCCGGUGCAGGCUUACUUGUGGGAGACGCUGUGUCCAAAGCGUACAUCAAGUGUGCCGAAAAGCUGUCCACCCGCCUGGGUCCCUUGCGAUCUUGGGUCGGGAUUGCGACUCUACGUGGAAUUGGCAAAACGCAGUUGCCACGUGAAAUGGAGCUGGAGCCGCUUGGGGAACUGCUGACAAGGAUCCUUUACCGUCUUCGAUUUGCUUCCGAGCAACGUCCCCUUGAUCUGUCCUCGCUAGCCUACGCUCUUCCCCUGCUUUUCCUGAUCCUCGAACGUAAUGGAAUUGAGGAACAAAAAGGAGAGGAGGAAGGAGAGCAGGUGCUACUUGCGAUCGAGAUCAUCUCUUUCCAUUCUAGCUCAUUUUCCGACGAGCGUCUCCCCCGCGAGGAGGUCCUUGAUACACUGCUCAAAUCGAUGCAGAAGUACACCCAGCACUACAAGCUCAUCAAGGACACCCUAUCCGAUUUCUGUCGCUCGAUCUCUCCCAACAUCUCCAAGAAUGAACUUGACGUGCUACUGAAGAGCUCGAUCGUCCCCGACGUAUCUGUUCGGACGGCAGUAUUGCAAGUCAUCGAGGAUGAAAUCGACCUGACCGAUCUUGAUUUCUCCGAGCACAUCUGGCUCGAGUGCCAUGACCAUGUCGAAGAGAAUGCCGAGAUCGCCGAUACUAUCUGGGAAGAUAAUGCUCUGGAGGUUGACGAGUCUUCUUACGCAAAGAUCAUUCCCUACCUUUCUUCCCAGGACCCCCAGCUCCGAGGCGCUGCUGCACGCGCGCUGGCGCACGCCAUUGACUUCAACCCCUCUGUCUUCACCGAUAUUGUCUCCGAAUUACAGGCAAACUACGCGGAAGAUGUUAGGCCCAAGGACCCCGGCAAAGACAAGUACGGAAUGCCGCUCAAGGCCGACAUGACAGAUCACUGGGUGCCCCGGAGCGGUGUUGCUCUUGCCUUUGGUGCUAUGACCAAUAAAUUCGAGGGCGAGCAGAUCGUUUCAUUCAUUCGGUUCUUGAUCGAGAGAGGCCCGCUGAUUGACAGAAGUUCGGUGGUGAGAGCGCAGAUGGCCGAGAGUGGCAAGUCUGUCAUUGCGGCCCGCGGCCAAGAAAAGGUCGAAGAGCUGAUGAAGCUCUUGGAAACGACUUUGGAAACCUCAGACAAGGGAAGCGAGACGUCUGAUCUGCUUAAUGAAGCUGUGGUAGUCCUUUACGGUUCUCUCGCGCAGCAUCUCAAGGCGGAUGACCCGCGGCUGCAAAUCGUCAUCAAGAGACUGCUUGCUACCUUGCCCACUCCCUCCGAGUCGGUUCAGUCCGCUGUUUCCGAAUGCCUGCCGCCUCUCAUCAGGCUUUCUGGUCCUCAAAGCGGUUCGUACGUUCAGGAGAUGUUGGAUCAGCUCCUCCACUCGAAGAAGUAUGCUACUCAACGCGGUGCCGCCUAUGGGCUUGCUGGCAUUGUCAGUGGCCGGGGUAUCUCUACUUUGAGAGAAUUCCGGAUCUUGGCCCAUCUCCAAGACGCUACGGAGAACAAGAAAGAGCCCCAUCAAAGACAAGGCGCCCUGCUGGCAUUUGAACUGUUUGCCACUAUUCUCGGCCGCAUUUUCGAGCCCUACGUCAUCAAGAUUGUGCCGCAGCUUCUGGCCAGUUUUGGAGAUGUCAAUGCUGACGUCCGUGACGCCUGUCUUGAUGCAGCCAAGGCUUGCUUUUCGAGUCUCAGCUCGUACGGUGUGAAGCAAAUUCUCCCUACACUCCUCGACGGUCUUGACGAUACGCAGUGGCGCAGUCAGAAGGGAGCUUGCGACUUGCUAGGAGCCAUGGCUUACCUUGAUCCUCAGCAGCUGGCACAAAGUCUGCCAGCCAUCAUUCCCCCUCUCACGGUCGUCCUCAACGAUACCCACAAGGAGGUGCGCAACGCCGCAAACCGCAGUUUGCAGCGGUUCGGUGAGGUCAUCAGCAAUCCCGAAGUGAAGAGCCUGGUUGGUGUGCUUCUGAAGGCUCUGAGCGACCCGACUAAGUAUACGGACGAGGCUCUCGACUCGCUUAUCAAGGUGUCGUUUGUUCACUAUCUGGAUGCACCCUCUCUCGCUCUUGUCGUUCGCAUUCUUGAGCGUGGCCUCGGUGACCGCUCGAAUACGAAGCGGAAAUCUGCUCAGAUCAUUGGAAGCUUGGCUCAUCUUACCGAGCGCAAGGAUCUUAUUUCGCACCUGCCGAUCGUUGUCUCUGGCUUGCAGCUGGCUAUCAUCGAUCCGGUGCCGACAACCCGUGCUACCGCAUCCAGAGCCCUUGGCUCACUUAUCGAGAAGCUUGGAGAGGAUGCUCUGCCUGAUCUGAUCCCCAACCUGAUGGCCACUCUCAAAUCUGAUACUGGCGCUGGUGACAGACUGGGAUCCGCCCAGGCCCUCUCCGAGGUUCUGGCAGGCCUGGGUACCACCAGACUCGAGGAGACGCUGCCCACCAUCUUGCAGAAUGUGUCCAGCUCGAAGGCGGCUGUUCGCGAAGGCUUCAUGACUCUCUUCAUCUUCCUUCCUGCUUGUUUCGGAAACAGCUUCUCUGCCUACCUCAGCAAGAUCAUUCCUCCCAUCCUCGCAGGAUUGGCUGAUGACGUUGACUCGAUUCGCGAGACGUCCCUCAAAGCUGGUCGUCUGCUGGUCAAGAACUUCUCCUCCAAGGCUAUCGAUCUUCUCCUUCCCGAGCUGGAGCGUGGUCUUGCCGACGACAGCUACCGUAUCCGUCUCAGCUCGGUUGAGUUGGUUGGCGAUCUGCUGUUCAGUCUUACUGGUAUUACGGCUGCGGCCGAUGCUGAAGAGGAGGCGGAGGAGGCCCACCAGGCCGGCCAGUCUCUGCUCGAAGUCCUUGGAGAAGAGAAGCGAAACAAGGUCUUGUCCGCUCUGUUCAUCUGCCGCUGCGAUACUUCGGGUCUUGUCAGGAGCGCAGCCAUGGCCGUUUGGAAAUCGCUUGUUGCUUCUCCCAGAACGCUCAAGGAGAUGGUGCCCACUCUGUCGCAGUUCAUCAUCCGGCGCCUUGGAUCCUCGAACAUGGAGCACAAGGUCAUUGCCAGCAACGCUCUUGGAGAUCUCAUCAAGAAGGCUGGAGAGUCUGUCCUCUCGACUCUGCUGCCUACCCUCGAAGAGGGCCUUCAAUCGUCUCCGGAUGUGGAUGUCAGACAAGGUAUUUGCAUUGCUCUGAGGGAGCUUAUCACUUCGGCGACGCCCGACGCGCUCGAGGAUUUCGAGAAGGUGCUUAUCUCGACCGUUCGGGUGGCUCUUGUGGAUUCGAGCGAGGAUGUGCGUGAGGCCGCGGCUGAAGCGUUUGACGCGCUGCAGCAAAUCUUGGGUAAGAGGGCUGUUGACCAGGUCCUUCCUUAUCUGCUUCAUCUCCUGAGAAACGACCAGGAUGCCGAGCAGGCGUUGUCGGCACUCUUGACGCUUCUCACCGAGCAGACGCGCGCCAACAUCAUCCUUCCCAACCUCAUCCCGACUCUUCUCGUUUCUCCGAUUUCCACCUUCAACGCCAAGGCCCUCGCCUCGUUGUCCCAGGUGGCAGGCUCCGCCAUCUCGCGCAAGCUGCCUACGAUCAUCAAUGCUUUGAUGGACAAUAUCCUGUCUACUACCGACGAGGAACAUCGGGAGGAAUUGACCAACGCGCUAGAUACUGUCUUGGUGUCUAUUGAUGAAUACGAUGGACUCAACGCCAUGAUGAACGGCAUGCUGACCUUGAUGAAGCACGAUGAUCACCGUCGUCGUGCCCGUGCCGCCUUGCACCUCAACAAGUUCUUCUCUGAUGCCGGAAUCGACUACUCCAGAUACCAUCAAGACUUGAUCCGCGCCUUCCUGAUUUCCUUCGACGACAGCGACAAGGAAGUCGUGAAGGCCGCCUGGACUGCUCUCAGCGGACUCACCUCCCAUCUGCGCAAGGAGGAAAUGGAAGUGCUAGUUGCCCCCACCCGACAGGUGCUUCGGAGUGUGGGAGUACCAGGAGCGGACCUGGCAGGUUUCAGUCUGCCCAAGGGCAUCAAUGCCAUUCUGCCGAUCUUCCUGCAGGGUCUUCUCAAUGGCAGCAUCGACCAGCGUACGCAGGCGGCUCUUGCCAUCGGCGAUAUCGUCGACCGUACCAACGCGAACUCGCUGAAGAUGUUCGUGACUCAAAUUACUGGUCCCCUCAUCCGUGUGGUAUCCGAACGGUCGACGGAUCUUAAGUGCGCCAUCUUCUUCACGCUCAACAAGCUCUUGGAGAAGAUCCCAAUGGCUGUCAAGCCUUUCCUCCCGCAGCUGCAACGAACCUUUGCUCGUGGUCUUGCCGAUACGUCUAGCGAGACCCUGCGUAACAGGGCUGCCAAGGGUCUUGGAAUCUUGAUCACGCUGACGCCCAGAGUUGAUCCUCUAAUUGCCGAGCUUAUUACCGGUACGAAGACCGCGGAUAUCGGCGUGAAGAACGCCAUGAUGAAGGCCCUUCAGGAAGUGGUUGGCAAGGCUGGCGCCAACAUGAGCGAAGCGUCCAAGAACUCCAUUCUCGCGCUCAUUGGCGAUGAUGCGAGCGACAAGACUGACGGUGUUUCCAUGACCAAUGCCAAACUCCUGGGUGCACUGGUCAAGGUUCUUCCCCCGGCUACUGCCGGCCCACUUAUCAAGAGCCGAGUCCUGACGUCGAACUUCUCUCAUGCGUCUAUUCUGGGGCUCAACGGCUUGCUUGUCGAGUCCCCGACGUCCCUGACCGAACACUUUGCCGCGGAAACGCUAUCGGUCAUCUGCCAGGCUGUGACCAACAAGGACCCCUUCAUCUCCGACAACGCAGUCCUUGCUGCGGGCAAGUAUCUACUGACGGACGAUGAACACCGGACCUUCGAAACGAACAAGACUCUCUUCGAGGCGCUGGCCCCAUGCAUCCAGCCCGGCACGGCCUCUGACACCCGCCGACUGACACUGGUGGUGAUCCGCACGGUCAGCCGACUCCAUCCGGAGUUGACCCGUCCCCAUCUGCACCUGCUUGCCCCGCCCAUCUUCGCCAGCGUUCGCGACCCAGUCAUCCCCGUCAAGCUGGCCGCGGAAGCAGCCUUCCUGACCAUCUUCUCGGUGGUCGAGUCCGAGACGGCGGUGUUCGACAAGUACAUGGCCGGCCCUGGAUCCGAGCUUCCCCCUGGUCCCAAGCGCAGCAUGUCCGACUACUUCAAGCGCGUUGCGAUCCGUCUCGCCAGCCAAGCCCGCGAACGCAAGGAAGCCGAAGGCGGCCAAGGCGGUCUCGGACUGUCGGUGGAUGAAGUGGAGGAUGAGAAGGAAUUGUGGAGCAUUGGGAAGGUCGACAUGGGAGAGUCCUCGUUUGAUGAAUGAGUGGUGAAUGUUGGAUGAUGUAGAUACCUUUUUUUGAUCUCAUGGGUCGACGAUGAUUUUUCUUAUUUAUGAUUAUAUUGAAAAGUUGAUAUGUUUUUUUUGGUUA